GCAUGCGCAAUAUGUUGGACGUCGUGGGCAGAGGAGGAGGAGGAGAUAUGUUAGUGGGAGACGACACAACCCUUUCCUACGUUUGGCAAAGGGAAAUUGUGAUUUAUUUAAGUGUAGGUAAUUGACUCAUUGAUGUAGUUAUGCAACAGGAGAGACAGGUCGGUAAAUAGCGACGUUGAUGCGGUGAGGGGAUUUCCAAGCCAAAUCACGUGGUUAGAUUUGGUCCAAUCGGAUCUAAGUGCAACUUCCUGAAAGUAUGUCCUUUGUUCUGGAUUUCGCAAAGAUAUCUACAAAUACGAUCGAUUCUGGUUUUUUAUUAGCACUUUAUGGACGGUGGAAUCAAAAAUAUGACGGCAAAAUACCACGGCUGGGUACAAUUGUAACCAUUCCCUUGGAAGCGUUUGUGCAACUUCUGAUAAACAUUGCGACUAGGUCUUAUCUGAUCACAUGACCCCCCUCCCCCACUUCAAUCCAAUGAAUGGGGGAAGAAGUCGGACAUGUUUGAGAGAAAUGUGAUGAAAAAAAAGUGUCGUGUUGGAAGACAAGAAGAUUAUUGAAGGAAAGUUUCGCUUCCCAUGGAUUUACACAUCGAGUUUGACUGAAAUCAUUUUCUAUUUCAGAUCUACUUUGGGGAUUAAAUUAGAAACAAUAUGUUUUGAAAUUAGCAUUUUUAUUUUUAUUAACAAGCACCUCAUUCUUUAAAUUGAGUUUUUCCUCAUUCAAAUGUAUGUUACUAGUCAGUAUUUAUCGAUAGAUUCUAUGCCAAAUUCGAGUGACAUUGUAGAGAACGUAUAACCUUGUGGUGUGGGGGAUGGGUGCGUUAGAUAACCCACAUGUAGUGAGCUGCUUGGGCCUUGUCGAAAGAAGACUUGUUUUCGUUGGUAUAACCUUGCAUAGUUCUUCGUUUAGAUAACUUUUCAGCAGUCAAAAGUUAAUAAUGUUGUAUCUAAUGUGAUUCAGGUUGUUCUCGAUAUACCAGUUAUUGAAUAGUGUCAGUGUUUCUGGGGUGUGGUGCUUUGUGGAAUUCUUUAACAACUUGAGACGUUAACUAUAUUUGAUUCUUGGACUAAUACCUUAGUGAAAGAUGAGCUUUUAGUCGUUUUUUAAUGUAUUAUUUACAGAAGUAUACGAGAAGUGAGAAACUGCUGUGUCAUUCAAUGGAGGGCAAUUUCUUGGCCAGUUUGGCCUAUCUGAAUUGAUGUUCUAAUACACCUCCUUGUUUUACUCCAAGGCUUUUCAACAGGUGAAACCGGAGACUGUUACAAAAUUAUUGGAUAUGCUGUAGUUGAAGCUCUGUACUAGAGUUUGUGAUUUAUAGGUAUGAGAAUGCUUAAACGCUCUGAGUGCGCCCUUAAGAGCGCCUGUCUUUUGCCUAUGUCGCAGCCAUGGCCGAAAUACGAAUAGCGUACAUUUGGACUUGUCGUUAAUACCGUGUCAAUUGCAAUUAGUUGCGUUCGCAAUGCAGUUUUGGGAUAAUUGUGAUAGCCAUGCAGACUGGGCAAUUCAAGAUGGCGAUCUUGCCGCACUUUCGCAAAGCCAAAAUGCGGAUUCCCUCUUUAAGGGAAGUGCUGUGAAUGCAUGGAGGAGUCGGGUUUCAGUCUGGCGAAGGAAAGAGGCGCGUGACUGUACUUAAUAACCAAUGGGCUUGCUCUCUGUUUACAGUGGAAGCGCAAAGCUAGACUUUCAUUGACCAAUCGUCGGCGCAGCUUGGCCCACGUUGACGUAAUGUAAUAGGACAAGCAACGCUGCCGGUUUGAGUGUUUCAUCAGACGCUUUCGUAAAGCACACUUGUCAAAUUCGUCUUUUUAGACUCAGCAAAGUAUCAAGUAUGAAAUUCUGUAAAUGACCAGUUUUAAGUUGAGAAUAAAUAUUAUAUACACGUAUUCCUGUUGGGUCUUCAAAACAGUCUAGAAGGGGUGUGGAAACUUUUAGCAGACGUGUUGACUAGCCAAUGGCAACUGCGGGGGCGUAGUCCUUUUAACGUACCCUGUCCAAUCCAGUCAGUGGUUGGUCUAUAAAGUAUCGGGUGUAGCCAGGUUUCGCCAUUUCGCUGAAGCGGUGAGUAGUCGUGAGCGAGGGGGACUGAAGGAUACUGGAGGACGAUCAGAACCAGAAUAACGGUCUAGUUUACAAUCAGAAUCCGGAUCCAUCCCGAUGGAGACGGCUUUAAACCCGCCCCUUGAAAGCUCCAUGGGCGGGGUCGAAGUGGGCAUGUCGGGCGUCGUCAUGGCAAUGGAGCAGGGCCCCCAGGGCCCGGGCAAGCGGAUCAGGAAGCCGUCGCUCCUGUACGAGGGCUUCGAGAGCCCCGCCCUGCUCCCCCACGGCCUCAACCCGCCCGCGGGGCCCCCGCUGCCCCCCGUCAGGGACCCCAGCCGCCUGGGCAGGGCCACCAACCAGCUGCAGUUCCUCCACAAGGCCCUGCUCAAGUCCCUGUGGAGGCACCACUUCGCCUGGCCCUUCCACGACCCCGUGGACGCGUCCAAGCUCAACCUGCCGGACUAUCAUAAGAUCAUCAAGCAGCCCAUGGACAUGGGCACCAUCAAGAAGCGUCUGGAGAACAACUACUACCGCAGCGCCAGCGAGUGCAUGCAGGACUUCAACACCAUGUUCACCAACUGCUACAUCUACAACAAGCCCACAGAUGACAUAGUGCUGAUGGCCCAGUCUCUGGAGAAGGCCUUCCUGCAGAAGGUGGCCCAGAUGCCCCAGGAGGAGAUAGAGCUGCCCCCCCCGCCCCCCCGGGGCAAGCCUGGCAAGCCGGGCAAGGGCCGCAGAGCAGCAGUGUCAGGAGGCGUGACCACAGCCCACCAGGUUCCCGCCGUCUCCCAGUCGGCCUACUCCCCCCCCACCCCCGAGACGCCAGACUCCCUCCUCUCCACCCCCCCCCAGACUCUCCUCUCCAAGAGCCUGGCCCACAGCACCCCCUCCAUGCUGGGGCUGCCCCCCACACAGCCCACCACCAAGAAAAAGGGUGUGAAGAGGAAAGCGGACACCACCACCCCCACCACCAUGGCCCUGCCCAUCACCAUGGGCGUGGGGGGCAUCGGCCUGGGCAUGGGCUCCGGCCACGACUCCCCCCUCACCCUCACCUCCCUGGGGGGCGACCACGGCCCCGCCCUGGGCCUGGGGAUGGGCGGGCUGGGCAUGGGGGCGCUGGGCAUGCCCAUGGGGCGCGGCGGGGGGCCCAAGGCCCCGGCGGGGAGGCGGGGGGUGAGCGGGCGCCCCAUCAAGCCCCCGAAGAAGGACCUGCCUGACUCGAUGCUGCCCACCCCGGUGAGGCGGAGCAAGCUGGGGCCCCAGCUCAGGUACUGCAGCGGGGUGCUGAAGGAGCUGCUGUCCAAGAAGCACGCCGCCUACGCCUGGCCCUUCUACAAGCCCGUGGACGCCUCGUCGCUCGGCCUCCACGACUACCACGACAUCAUCAAGCAGCCCAUGGACCUCAGCACCAUCAAGAGGAAGAUGGACAGCAGAGAGUACAGGGAGGCCCAGCAGUUCUCUGCCGACGUCAGACUCAUGUUCUCCAACUGCUACAAGUACAACCCCCCCGACCACGACGUGGUGGGCAUGGCACGCAAGCUGCAGGACGUGUUUGAGUUUUGCUUCGCCAAGAUGCCGGACGAGCCGUCGGCAGCCCCAGCCUCCCGCGGCGCCCACUCCUCCUCCUCGUCCUCCUCGUCCUCCUCGUCCUCGUCGUCGGAGAGCGAGCCGAGCAGCGAGAGCGAGGAGAGCGAGAGCAGCCCGAGCUCCGACAGCGAGGAGGAGAGGGCCACCCGGCUGGCUGAGCUGCAGGAACAGGUGUGUACCCAGCUGAAGGCGGUCCACGAGCAGCUAGCUGCCCUCUCCCAGGGCCCCAUAGUUAAGCCCAAGAAGAAGAAAGACAAGAAGGAUAAGAAGAAGAAGAAGAAGCCAGAGAAGCACCGCCGGGCGCCGGUAGAGGAGGAGCUGGUGCCCGUCAGGCCCCCCAAGGCCCCCAAAACCCCCAAGGUCACCAAGACCCCCAAGGUCACCAAGACCCCCAAGACUAAGAGCAGCAAAGGAGGCAGCAGCUCUACGCAGGGCAAGAGGGGCCCGGGCAAGAAGAACAACAAGAGCAAGUGGAAGCAGUCCCAGGGCAUGAUGCUGAGCAUGCAGGGCCACGUGGCCCCCGCCUCCAUGCUGCCCCACUACGACUCGGAGGAGGAGGAGGAGGUGUCGCCCAUGUCCUACGACGAGAAGCGCCAGCUCAGCCUGGACAUCAACAGGCUCCCCGGGGAGAAGCUGGGCCGCGUGGUGCACAUCAUCCAGGCCAGGGAACCCUCCCUCAGAGACACCAACCCAGAGGAGAUCGAGAUCGACUUUGAGACCCUGAAGCCCUCGACGCUGAGAGAGCUGGAGAGAUACGUGCUGACCUGCCUGAGGAAGAAGCCUCGCAAGCCCUACGCAGGAAAGAAGGGCGGAGCGGGGAAGUCCAGGGAGGAGCUGGCCCUGGAGAAACAGAUCGAGCUGGAGAGAAGGCUGCUGGACGUGUCUGGACAGCUCAACUCUGGCAAGAAGCCAGCCAAAACCAAACCGGAGAAGCCCAGCGCUGUAGAAGCCCACGCCCCAGCCUCUCGUCUCAGCGCCAGCAGCUCCAGCUCCGACUCUUCCUCCUCCUCCUCUUCCUCCUCCUCCUCAGACACCAGUGACUCAGACUAGGGAGGGGGAGGGCCCCCCCCCCUCCUCCCUCCUAGCAGAACCACCAUUAUAGUUGUUGCUGGAUCAGAGCUGUUGUGUUAGGGUUAGCCAGAUAAACUGGACCGGAACACUGACAACCAGGGUUCCAAACCUAGGGUUCCACAACAAGGGUUCCAAACCUACGGUUCCACAACCCCAGGGUUCCAUCUCCAGGAUUCCAAAACCAGGAAUCCAUCCCCCGGGUUCAACACCCCCAGGGUGUGUUCCAUGUGGCCCUGAACCAGGAGAGAGGACGACACUGGGAUGUUCCCUGUGGUGUAGAACCCAAGUGGAGGGACCGAGAGAGAGAGAGCUGUGGAGCCUGACAGAGAGGAGAGGGGGGGGAGACCUCCACGCGAACUCUGGAGAUGGAUAAUGAUGGAGGGGGGGAAGAAUGUCUUUCUCUUUGGAACUUCUCCUAUUACCCUGUCCUUCUCCUCAAUACUGUGUAAAUACGGUGUACAAAUAUAUAAAUAUCUAUUUUUCUUUUAUAAAGAAGCAUUUAAGGACUCCCCUAAUCAUAGGGGAACUAGCUGGUGUGGACAGACUGUCUUAUUCUUUUUUUCCUCUUUGCUCGUUUAUUUUUUUCUUCCCCCUUCUUUUUUUUAUUUUAUAUAACAGACUGAGGUAUAGAGGGUUUUAACAGGUGUGUGUGUGUGUGUACGUGUGUGUGUGUUGGCACGGUUUCAUCAUGAUGCGGCCUCGCUUACCGGAUGCUAAUGUAAACCACCUUUAGAGCCCUUCAUGUUAAAGCACCUUGGCUCAGUCAGCAAUAGUACAAAUCAAACACACUGGGCAACACAUGGUCUUAGUCUUCUCAACAGACGGCCUGUUCAAACAGAUGCCCCCCGUCAUGCCUGGACUACACAGGAGUCCUAGCGUCAGAGGAGGAAAUAUUCUCACACUGUCCUCUUGGCAGACUAGUUUUAUGGCGAAUGACGCCACCUACUGGAGGACAAUGACAGAAGCGCAUGACUACAGUGCUAAAAGUAAGUGUAGUCCUCACCAUGGCACGAGGAGGUUCCGUCUGAGAAGUGAAAAGCUGUGUGAUAGCUCGGUCGCGUCACGCCUCCCCCUUUGUUGUGAGUUAGCGUUUUUAACUGUGUAAACGAUGUGUUUGCUUUGUUCCUUUUAUGUGACCACUCUUCUGCCAAUAAACCGUGAGCACAUCUCUACUUCACCUGUGCCCCAAAAACGAAAA